AUGAGAGCCAGUCUUUGGCAGGCCCUUGUUGAUGAAGGGGAGGAUCCGGAAACAUACCUGUUUGAGAUAGAACCAGAUAUUGGUGAGGUGCUGAACACCCUGCAAAACUGGUUAUGUGAACUUUGUACUUUCCAGGAUUCGAUGAAUCAUUCUAUGGACAAACUGAUACGUAACGUGCAAGGCCAGGUCAAUCCAGACCCCUAUCGAUCUACCUACGAGGGGAACUUGAAUUUUGAUUGUUGCAUUCAGGCGGUAAGCAACAACAGUACAUGCGGUGCUUCACGAAGGGAGUGCAAAUGUCAAGAAACCCAUCAACAGGGUCUGAAACCAGUGGACUUCGAUACUUCUGUUUUCACCAGCGAGAGAGGCCCUGAAGGUGGUCAGAAGAACCCUGCAGCUGAUGGACUUUUGCACCUGAAACGUUGUAAAGGUGCCUUACAGACAAUUCUCCCUGAGACGGCUGAGGCUGACAGUUUGUUAAACAGCGUGGCUUCAUGUGGGUCUACAGCUCUUUCACGAGUCAUCCUUAGAAAGGGUCUGAUGAAGCGCAGUUCUGAAUCAACUGCAUUAACAACAACAAGAGCUGUCACUACCACUCGAUGUGUCAGGUGGCUGACGCCAGCGACAACCGUCAGGAUGGAGAGGCCACGUUUGCGACAUCGUGUCGAAAGAAACUUGGUCAACUGGAGGAGAAAACGGCACCUGCAGAGAGCAGUGUGGAUCGCUUUGUGGGGAACACGCUCCCUGCCGUCUGUAGCUCCCACAGACCGACCUCCACCUGCACUGACCAACGUCCACCACCCUGUAGGGCACCUGAAUCUGUUCGGGACGAACAGAUCUGAGAAGGGGGCAAUGUUGUAACCACGCUCCCGCGCUACACUAAUGGUGCGCAUCUGAGCACUACUGAACACGACUAGUGAAAGACAUUGAGACAGGAAGAAGGACUGUUGUGAGCCGGCUAGAAGUCAUGGGAGUUUGAACAGUCAGGUGCUGUCCUGUGUGAUACUAGGAAACUGUGUGGGAGACCUGGAGCGACACUGGGAAGUGUGUCGGUGGUCUGUUCUGGAGAAAUUGAUUCAUCAGACAUGGAGUCAUAGUCAUGUUUAUCUUGACUUCCAGGAAGAACACUGACCGGAGAAAUCGAGCCAAAAGAAGGUAAUACGUCUUGCUGUAUCUCCCCAUCCAUUGACAACCUCAAAGAAGA